AAACUCUUUAUUCAGGUCAAACUUUCAGCAUUACUGAGCAAGUGAAACAUGAUUAUUUUGAAAUCAAAAAUAUGAUCUCUAAAGGGGCGCCAGCGGCGCCCUUACUUACACUUAUAAAACAUAUUCUUAUUCAUCCUCUACACGAGUAUCCCGAGGAAGG